GGAAAGUAUAUACACUAAUAAAAAAAAUAAUAAAAAAAAAAUAUAUUUUUAUAUAUAAUAAAACAAAAAUAUUAACAGAAAAAAAACAUCAUUCCAUUAUUAUAAUAGUAAAUAAAUUUAAAAUUAAGGAAAAUAACUUAUUAUUAUUUUUAAACAAAACAAAGUUAAAUAAAUAUAUACCUAAGGUAGAGAAUAAUACAGAUAUUCAAAAUAAUACUAUUUUAAAUAAAGACAAUUUAUAUAUUUUAUGUAUAGAAUAUAAUAAAUACAUUUCUUGGAUACAAAAAAUGUGCUACUUAUAUUUUCUAAUUCAAAUAAUGAGGAAGAACAAAAUGGAACAGAAUAAGAAAGGUUUAAAUAAUUAUAUUAGUAUACAAAAAAGACAAAAGGAAAAAAAAAAUAAAAUAAAUAAUAAUAAUAAUAAUAAUAAUAAUAAUAAUUUAAUUGUCAAUAUAUAUAAUAAAUCUUCAAAUGUACAUGUCAAUAUAUAUGUCAAUGUAAAUAUAAAAAAAUAUAUGGUUUUUUAUAAAAUAUGCAUAUUUAUGCUCACAUGUAUAAUAGAAACAAUAUAUAUAAAAAAUAAAUACAUUACAUAUAUAUACAAUAUAAAAAAAGAAAAUAUCACAAAUUGUGUUCUAUAUAAAUCUAUAAUAUAUAAUAAUUGUAACAAAGAAAUUCAAAAAAAAAAAAAAAAAAAAAUUUAUAUCAAUAUAAUAAAAGACAAUAAGAUAAAUCAUAUGAUAAUUCAAAAUAAAAAUAUUAUCAUAGUCAAUAAAAUAUAUACUAAUAUAUACAUAAUCAAAUACAAUAAUAUAAGCAAAAAAAUAUAUAUUAUUAUCAUUGUAAAAAAUAUAUUCUUUACGAAAAUUAUAUUCAUUAAUAUAUAUUAUAUAUGUUAUAAAAAUUAUUAUUAUAUAUAUAUUAUAAGUAUAAAUAGGAACUACUUAGACAGAAUGAAUAAAUCACUUAAAGACAAUCAUAAAUUUAGGUGUUAUCAAGAUAGGUACAUAAAAUAUGAUAUUAAAAAUAUAAAUAAAAAAAAAAAAAAAAAACAUAUAUAUCUAUAUAUUAUAUAUUUAUAUUAUUAUAUAAUAAAUCAUCUACGUUUCUUUUUAUAUAAUCAAGAUAUAAUAAAAUAUAAACAUACAUAUAUUAUAAUAACAAAUAAAAUUCAUAGACUUCUGAAUAAAGUUAUUUUCUAUAAAAGAGGAUUUAUAAAUUUUUUUUUUUCUCUAUGUAUUCAAAAUAAAAAAAAUAAAAAAAAAAAAAAAAUGAAUAUAUUCAGCAUUAGGAAAUUUGAUUAUAUACAUGAUGAUUUAUAUAAAAAAAUUAGUUAUAUGAAUUAUAAAAUAUUAAUAAAAAGAAAUAACAAAAAAAUAACAAACAUAAAAAAUAUUUGUUCAUAUAAGAAAAAGUUAACUUAUAAAAUAUUAUACAUAAAACAAAUAAAGAAAAAGCAAAAAUGUGUCAAAAAAAUAAAUACAAAUGAAAGGAACAAACAAAAAAACACUAUUCAAAAAAAAAUAAUAACAAAAAUUUUUAGUGCAAAAAAAAAAAAUAUAUAUAACCAUAUAUACACACCAAAUAUACAAUCUACUUGUAGACAAAAUAAUAUAACCAAUAAUGUAAAAAAAAAGUUGGAACAAAUAAAAAAUAUCAUUUACAUUUUUAUUACAAGAACAAAUCUUCAACAUAUUCAAAAAUGUAUAUGUUAUAAUAUUAUGAAAUAUAAUAAAUUAGGAACAAAAAAACAAAACGAAGAAGAAAAAGAAAAAGAAAAAGAAAGAAAAAAAAAAAGAAAAAGAAAAAAAAAAAGAAAAAAGAAAAAAAAAAGAAAAAGAAAAGAGAAAAUAAUGAUAAACAAAAAUAUAGACAGAAAUAUAUAUCAAAAUGUAUAUCAAAAUCUAUAUCAAAAUGUAUAUCAAAAUCUAUAUCAAAAUGUAUAUCAAGAUGUAUAUCAAAAUGUAUAUCAAAAUGUAUAUCAAGAUGUAUAUCAAAAUGUAUAUCAAAAUGUAUAUCAAAAUGUUUAUCAAGAUGUGUGUCAAAAUAUAUAUCAAUAUGUUUAUCAAGAUGUUUGUCAAUAUGCUUGUCAAAAUAUUAAAAAGAUCAAAAAGCACAUCAAUAAAGUUAUAAAUAAGACAAUAAAAAAAAGGAUUAAAAAAAUAAUAAAUAAAAGUAUACAUAACCAGUUCAAUAAAAGAAUUAAAAAGAUCGUCAACAAAAUAAUAAACAAUAUAACAAAUAAGACAAUAAAUAAAACUGUACAUAAAAAUAUAAAUAAUAUAUUACAUAAAAACAUAAAGAACAAAAUUAUAAACAAUAUAACAAAUAAGACAAUAAAUAAAACUGUACAUAAAAAUAUAAAUAAUAAUAUAUUAUAUAAACAUAUAAACAAUAGAAACAACCAAAUCAUAAAUAAUCAUGUGAAUAAAACAACAAACAAAAUAAUCAAUCAAAAUAUAAUAAAAGAAACAACAACAAAAAUAACAAACCCUACAACAUAUGAACACAUAAAACAUGAUAUUUGUAUAAUAAAAAAACUAUUAAAAAAAAUUAUGAAAAAAAUGAAAAAAAAGAAAAGCAAAUGUAAUAAAUGUAAUAAAUAUCAUAUAAAAAACAAAAAUGUAAUAAAACCAAAGGUACAUAAAACAAAUCCACCAACGGACAACUUAAUAAAUACACAUUCGAGAUAUGAAAAAAUACCAAAAAUGAAUCAGACAUAUAAUAAUUUAAAUAUAUUCAUAAAUAUAAAUAAUGCUCUAAAUAAAAAUCUAAUAAAUACUCCUAAUCUUCAAAAAACAAAAUUAAGAGAAAAGGAAUAUACAAAAAAUAUCAUAGAAAAAAAAAAAAAUAAGAACAAUUAUAAAUGUAAAAACGAAAUAUUAAAUAUUGCAGACAAAAGAAAAAAAAAAAAGAAAAAAAUUUUCAAUCAUAUAAUAACAAAAUCAAACUUAAAAGAAAAGAAAAAUCAAAAAAAUAUAUAUCAAAACAAACUUCCUGUUGAAAAAUUAAGUAUAAUCAAAAAUAAAUACACAAAGGAUAUAAUUGUAAACAAAUAUAAUAUACAACAAGGCGAACAAUUAUAUAAUACCUUAAAAAGGAUUCUUUUCAACAAAAAUUUUAAUAAUAAUAAUAAUAAUAAUAAUAAUAAUAAUUUUAAAAUAUUGAAAAAAACAAAUGAGGACGAAACUAACAGAAUCACAAUUAUAGAUAAGCAGAAAAGAAAAAACAAACUUCACUUCAAAAUAGAAAAAUAUAACAAAAUGAUAAAAUAUAGAUGUCAGCACAAUUUAUUUUUAAGAAUAAAUAAGAAACAUACGAUAAUAAGAAAUAAAAAAUUAAAUUUUUCAUCCUUAAAAAAAAAACAUAGCAAUAAUAUACAAAACAUACAAAGUCAUAAUAUGAAGGUAAAAGAGAAUAAAAAAAGAAUAAAAAAUAUAUUUCUCAAGGAAUAUAAGAAAUAUAUCAAAAAAAUAAAUAAAAAUAAAAAGAAUUCCAAAAAUGAUCUAUCCAAAUUAAAGCACCUAAAAAUCUUUAAAAAAAAGGAAAAAUUCAAUAAUAUAAUUAAGGAUAUCUUAACACAUGAAAAAAAUAUUAAAAAAAAAAUAAAAGAAAUAUUAAACAAAGAGAUUGUACAUAAAAUGGUACAUAAUCGUAUAAAAAAAAAUAAUAAUGAAAAAAAAAAGAUUAAUAAAUAUAUAUAUCCUAAUUUACACAAUCAUCAUAUACACACAAAUUGUUAUGACCAAAACAUAAAUCUUAUAAAUAACAAUAAUAAUAAUAAUAACAUGUGUGUAACACAAAAACACAACUAUCAAAAUAACCAUCCAAACAAACACAUACAUACAAACGAAAAAAUUAAUAAAUUUAGGAAUACUAAAAGAGUUACACUAAAUCCUAAUUUGGCAAAAAAAAGAGCAUUUUUUAAUGCUACCGAAAAAAAAAUAUAUAUUAAUGACGAUGUAACCGAGGAUUUCUUAGCUCAUGUUGAUGACUAUGCAAGUACAAUAAUAGUUGAGGGAAAAGAAAAAAAAUAUAAAUUUGAUCAUUUAUCUAGAGAUGCAGAUGAUAUAUCCAAUUUUUUUAGUUUAUCUUAA